UGGAGUGUGGAUAGUAUGGACAUGGAAGCCGGUGUCGUUGACGUAACGACGAUAGCGUUGCUUUACGGCAGAGCGUGUUUGCUGGAGGCGCCUCAGCAGGGACGACCGAUCUCUUCGGACCUUUUUCCCCCAGAGAUGGACAACUCACAAGGCUCCGGGGGACUUAAAGGCAGUCUGGGUGGUCUCUUCGGAGGUGGAGCACCAGAAUAUUCGAACACGGAGCUCGCCGGUGUUCCUUUGACCGGAAUGAGCCCCCUCUCGCCUUACCUGAAUGUGGAUCCUCGGUACCUCGUUCAGGACACAGAUGAGUUCAUUCUACCAACAGGUGCUAAUAAAACGAGAGGAAGGUUUGAGUUGGCCUUCUUUACCAUUGGAGGCUCCUGCAUUACAGGUGCUACAUUUGGAGCUUUAAACGGUCUCAGGAUGGGCCUGAAGGAGACCAGAGACCUGGCAUGGUCCAAACCACGUAACGUCCAGAUUAUCAACAUGGUGACCAGGCAGGGAGCUUCGUGGGCCAACACUCUGGGAUCUGUCGCAUUGUUGUACAGUGCUUUUGGUGUGGUGAUAGAGAAAGCCAGAGGAGCAGAGGACGACAUCAAUACAGUAGCCGCUGGCACGCUAACAGGGAUGCUCUUCAAAUCAGCGAGCGGUCUAAAGGGGGUCGCCCGUGGUGGUCUGGCCGGGUUGGCUUUGUCUGGUGCUUACGCCGUCUAUAACAACUGGGACCACCUGACCGGAGCGUCGUCCUCAUCCUCCAGGAUAUACUGAACACACCCCACCCCAUCCCCCACCUCAGCCACAGAUCAGACAACGUGAUGCUGGUCAGAUGCAGUCUAGUUCACAGGAGUGAUGUCCCCAUCCGCAAGCUGAAACUGGAGCCUUUUUAAAGAUGGACUUUGCCUUUCAGCUAGCGCUGCUGUUGUAUUUAUGAAGAAUGAAUGGAAGCUGUCUCCAUCAUCCAACAGAAUAAAUAACUUUGAGAAUAUCUUAU